UUUCAAAAAAAUAUAUAAAACCCAAUAUAUAGCUAUUUAAACCAAAUUAAACAAAAAAAAAAGAAUAAUCAAGCGUAGAAGCAUACACAACAAGGUAACGAGAGAAAAAGCAAAAACAAAGAGCUCUAAGCCGCCUUUAAUUAGUUAUUUUUAUAAAAUUGAACGAAAAAACAUACAACUAAAUUGAAAAACAAAAACAAAAACUCAAUCUCAUAAAUUUAUAUAUAAAAUAUUUAAAGCGUGGCAACUAACAAAUGUAGCAAAAAGAAAAAUGAGUUCUACUAGACUCGAGAAUUUGUGUAUAAACUUUAGGUUUUUUUAUUUUUACACUACAAGUGACGAAAUAUGAAAUUGAUUUACGGCAAAAGCAAAGGAAAUUGUACGCAUAAGUAAUUAGCAAAAGAAUGAAAAAAAAUAAAACAUGAAAACCAAUGCAGAAACACAGUUAAAUUAAAAUAGUUAAGAAUUGACAAAAAUUGCAAAACAAAAAGAAAAAACCAGCAAAAGGACGAAAAGAAUCGCUUCUGCACUAACAAGCAAAUAUUUCUAAAGCCAAGCUAAACCAUUAUAAGCUUAAAUCGAGCAGUGGGCGUGGCACUUUAACUAGUUUCGUAGCAACUUUCGGCAGGCAUUCCAAAUGCUUUCGGCCAACUUCUGGUAUUAAUUUAACCAAGGCAAACUGGUGUCCUGCAUUUUUAGCAGUUCAAGCUGAAGAUUGAGGAAGUUUGAAGAUUGAAAAAAAAACCCGGCAGAAGCACACACAUGAGGCACCCAGGGCAAAAUAGGGAGACAGGAGAAAUGGGCGUUUAAGGCAAGAUUAAACAGAAACCAAGAAGAAAUUGUAAACAGCAAAUAAUAAAAUCAAAAAGUAAAACUCCAAGGCGUUUCAAUGUGGGCCCCAUCCCCAGGAGCACUUGGUCACAUUCGAGGCAUGCAACACACACACACUUCCAUCCAUAGCAAUUCCCAUUUACCCAUCACCCUCAUCAAAUCGCAUUCAACACACCUAAAACAUUCAUCUUUUGGUGAUGGCAGCAUUAAGUUCCAUUUGCAUUGCUUAGCAUAAGAGGUUAUGGAUUUGGCUUUAAGGCUUGUGCGCAGGCAAAACGUCAUAAAUCUUCAGAACAAUGGAGCGACGUGGGCGCAUUCCGGUGGCCAAGUUCCGCACCCAGGAGGCCAAGACACGCAGUCGGAGUCGCGUGAGGGAGCCGGACUACAACGAGCAGGACCCAGAGCACGAUAUGUUCACUUUGCUGGAGGAUAACAUUGCCCUUCGGGAGGAGAACAAGGCACUUAAGCUGGAGAUCGAGACGCAUAAAACCACGCAGGAGGAGCAGCAGGCUCAGCAUGAGAAGAUGUGCGCUGCACUGGAAUCACUGCAGCAGCAGCAGACCAACUUCGAGACCCAAAUCAAGGAGCUGAGCUCCAAGUUCAACAAGGCUCUCAACGAACGAAACGCUUUAGACAAGUUGCACAAAAUGAAGGUCGAUCAAAUUCACAAUCUCACCAGCGAGCUGGAGCAUAUUCGCGAGAAGCAGCAGGAUCAGGCACCUCCAGUAGCUCCACGUCCGGUGCUCGGUUCCGUGGACCUCAAGCGAAAGCUCCUUAAGAUCCUGCAGACGGGCAGCGCCGACAGUGCUGACAGUAUUGGAGCUCAGGAGCUGGACAGUCUGGUUGAUGUCAAUUCGGAAGGGGUGCCCAUCACCAGCGGCCUGGUGGAGCGACUGGCCGAUGAGUUUUUGACUCUCAAAAAUUCCACCAAUUCUGUGGAGCUGCAAUUGUACGAGGCCAACGAAAAGAUGGCCGAGCUAUUGGAGCAGCAACACGCAAUGGAGGAGGAAAACGAAGCGCUGCGUACGGAAAACAGUAACUUGACCAAAGUGGCCAAGUUGCUGACCGAAAACAUGAAAGAGAGCGUGGAAACUAGCCAAAAAAUGGAAGCUGCUCUCAUCAAGUUGAAGCAGCGCAAUGAUGAGCUCACUGCGAAGACUCGAGAUCUGACCGAUGGCCAGCCAGGAUCCAGGACCAGCACGUCGUCCAGCGUGCUAAACGAGCAGGUGGAGUUCGAGCAGAUCCAGGACCAGGUGCAGCAGCAGGCCAGAGAGCACAACGAGCGCAUUGUGGAAAUGCAAAAUCUAAUGGAUGCGGCUAUAGCCAAAACUACUAACGAUGAACUAAAAAAAUUACAACUUAAGUUGGAGAUACUCGAGGAGCAGCUGCGCGAGGCAGUCACGCGUGCUGAUCGUGCCGAGGAGCAACUGGCGCACUAUCAGCAGUCUGAGCAAAAGUCGCUGGGGGCCGCUCCGCCACCGCCACCUCCUCCACCGCCACCACCUCCUCCAAUGGCAGGAAAGCUCUUUCCUCUCGGGUGCUUGGUGGCGGCUGGCGGUGGCAGCCUGAGUGACCAUAUUGCCGGACAUAGCUUGCGCAAGAACAGCGGCGACAAGAUCAUCGAAAAUGUGAAGCAUCAGGUACAGGCCGAGGCUGCAACAGGUCUUGACGCUCUGAUGCGUGAGUUUAAGUCGGGAGGCGUGACCCUGCGAAGGCGCAAUCGCCGCAAGACGGGCACCAGCGAGGCCCUCAAGGAGAUGUUCCAAGUACUAGAGAUAAGUCAGAAGCAGAAUCGCAACUCCAAGAUAUGCGUGGACCUGCACUCAUCCCGUGGAGUUGAUGUUUAAUCCUGCUCCUGACACCUUUCUCACCCACUCUCUUACACCUUGGUCUCAAAUCUCAGGACCCUGCUGUCCCUGAACAACGAACAUUCCGUGCAUUUUCAAACCGUAUUAUUGUGUGCCUUUCCGAGGAGGAAACUGAAGCCAUUUUAAAAUUUACUAAACCUAAGCCCCAACUUCAGGAUGGAUUUUCUUUAUACAAAUCUUAUAUCUUUUAUAUUAUCUACUUGACAAUAUUUAUUUAUAACAAACUUUUAACCGACCUGGUUAAUGUGUUCAUUUUGGCAGCUUUCGCGUUUUACUAACCCAAAACCCAAACAAAAAUAUAUUGA